AUGGGCGACAGCGCGUGCAAGUGGCGGGCUUUGCCCAGCGGCCCCAGCCUCAGGAACCUCACGGCGCCGGGCUACGGGCAGCCCAAGGAGCGCCAGACGCCGGCCCUGCAGGACGUGGCGCGGGCGCACACCGAGUCCUUCAACUACGCCGUGGGAGAAGGGCUGCUGCGGGCCGUGCAGGUGGAGCCGGAGGGGCCAGAGGAGGGGAGGGAGCCGGGGAGGGGGGGGGAGUCAGGGAAAGUAAGCGGGUAUAAUAUUACUAUUAUUACUACUAGUAGUAGUACUAGUAGUACUACUAGUAGUAGUAGAACAGGAAAGGGAUGCGAGGGAAGUCAGUUGAUAUUUAAUAAUACUGUAAUAAUAAUACUGUAACAAUAAAGCUUUAUUGGACUUUCUUAAAUGAUGUUUCAUUCUGGAUGGUUUUAUUUGAUUGCUUUAAAUGUAGGUUGUACACAGCUUAGAUUUAUUUUAUUAAAAAUAUAAAGCGGUACAGAAAUGAAAUGAAAUUAAUAAGAACAACAACAAAACAUUAUUAUUAUUAUUAUUAUUAGAACAGGAAAAAGGGAUGUGAGGGAAGUCAGUUGAUAUUUAAUUAUUAUUAUUAAUGGGGUUCUGUUAGUAUUUGUAAUGCAAUUUCCUCUGAAAUGUAUUUUACCAAGAAUAAAUGGUACUGGGGAAAGGAGGUGGCAAUUGGCAGUUGGCAUUUGAUUGGUUAUUUCAUGAGAUUUUAUGUACCGCCUGAUUGUAGAAGGGAAAGAACCUUCAGAGUAGUUUGCAAAGAAGGAAAAACCAUUGCUUAAAAAAAAGUACGGCUGUGUUUUAAAACAUACAAAAAGGUUAAAACCAGCAUAGUGUAGACUAAAGCAAAUCAAAACUCAUUCAGGCUUUUUAGACAUCUGGUUAAGGUGCGUCCAAGUAAGAAUACCUUCAGCAGAUACAGGGGAAAAAUACAGUAAAGAUGUCUGCAGGGAGCUGCAGUUUGGCAUUAGCCGGUAUAGAUGUGAAUAAUAAUAUUAAUACUUUAAGGGUAGGAGGGAUUUGCGGGUUUUAAAAAAACAUGUAGUUUUUUUAUUGGGACCUUUAUUGGGACCAACUAAAAAGUCACAAAGAAGUGAGCAGGUAAGGAAAAGAGCUAUUUCUUAGAGGUUUGCUGCCUCUGAACCUGGAGAGAUAGUAUACAGUCAUUAUGACCAGCAGUAGAUUUGGUGGUGAGCUGUGAUAACCUGUGGGUUUUCUUUUUCUCUCUCUCUUUCUCUCUUUCUCUCGCUUUUUAAAGGCCAUCCCACCUUUGGAAUUUCUUUUCAAGAAUGAUCGGAUCACUUUGGCCAUUGUGGGAGCCACCAUCAACCCUCCUAUGGUACCAAAAGGAAGUAUAUGUAACGAGCUGAAAGUUUACCCAGCAGAAUGCAGGGGGCGCAAAAGCACCUACCGCGGAAAAAUAACGGUAAGUAACAAAUGUAAAGGAGUGAUGUGUAAAGAAGUGUAGCGGAAUCAUGUGAACUUUAGAAAUCCAAGGUGUGUAGAGACCUGGCACUACAAUAUUUUGGAGAUUUAUAAACUCCCAGCUGGCAUAUAAGGUGAACUGUUAAGACAGCCUGUGGGUGUUACAACUCCUAAUAAUUUGUCAGCUACCACUUCCUUCCAUUAAGAACGGUUUGCAAGCAUGGUGAUAGGUGGGUUUGCUCAUGUAAGCCAACCCAUGGUUUGUCUCAAGCAGAGAGAUGGGAAGAGAGCAUGCGAGGCUAACAAGUUAAGCAUUAAUAUAGUUUGAUUUGAUUAGAAAAACAGGCAGUGCUUCAUUUGUACUGGACCACACUCUGGUCUUUCAGAAAAUCUGAUGAGUUCACACUUGGAAUCUAACUAGACAUCGUAGGGAGAUGCCUUAUACCAUGGAGGCUAUUGAUUCAUCUAGCUUGUUUACACCAGAGAUAGUCAAUGUGAUGCCCUCCAUAUGCAGUUGGACUGCGGUUUCCAUCAGCCCCAGCUGGUCAAGGAUAGUGGGAAUUGUAGUCCAACAACGUCUGGAAGGGACCAUGUUGACUACCGCUGGUCUAGACAAGCUGGCAGCUGCUCUCCAGGGUUUCAGAAAGAAAAUUGGCUGCCUGUGAGCAUCGACACCCUUUUCAAGGGGUUUCUACUAGUGCAUAAAGCCCUAUGUUACUUGGGACCCAAUAUCUUGAAGGAACGUCUUUACCAGUAACUUCUGGCCUGAAAUUUGCAAUCUGAGGGGGAGGCCCUGCUUGAGGUCCUGCCCAUCAGUUGGAGCAGUAAGGAGGAUGGGAGCCCAAGAAAGGGCAUUCUCAGUGGUUGUGUCCCAGUUAAGGAACUCAGCCCUGCACCAAGGAAAAUGGGUCAUGCAGGUGGGAUGCUGAGAAUUUUUUUUGCCCAGGCCUUUGUAACGUAGUUCAGGAACACUUUUGUCUCCUACUGUGGAUGCUCUAAUUGCUGUGGAUGUUCUAAUUGCUUUCAUGAAGAGGAGUUUUAUUGCUCUUAGCUGCCCUGGGUUCCCUUUGGGGAGAAAGGACAUGUUAUAAAUUUGACCUAAUAAGUAAGCACACACUGCUGGCAGUUUUUCUCUAGGCACAUUUGUUGCCUUUGUAAGAUACUUGCAGUGUAGCUAUUUCUUUGAGAGGAGAGCCUUCUACAUUUUCAGUGAUUUGGAUAACAUAGAUCUAUUUUUCUCAAAUCGUUAUUUCCCCUCCCAUAUAGGCUGAUAUCAGCUGGGCAGUGAAUGGCAUCCCUAAAGGGAUUAUAAAACAGUCCCUCGGAAAUGCUCCGAUUAUGGUGAAGUCCAAACUUUGCAAUCUCCACGGUCUCUCUCCCAAAGAGCUCAUCAAACACCAUGAGGAGGAAGAGGUAUUGCUGGAUGUUUUUGAUUUGCUUUUCUACGAAGGAAGCCGCCUUAUACCGAGUCAUACCAUUGGUCCACUCAGCUCCCUAUUGUCCACCCUGACUAUCAACAGCUGUAUGGGGUUUCAGAUUGGGAGUCUCUCCCAAACCUACCUGGAGAUGCCAGGGAUUGACCUUCUGCAUGUAAAUCACAUGCUUUAACCACUGAGCUACAACCCCUCCUUUUAUAUAUGAAGCGAAAGAAAGUGAAUGUUGCAUUGCUUGGAGUGAGAUUCACCACGUCCAUUUCAAAAGUGAUUUGUACCAAGGUUGUUUCCUCUCCCUCUGGAGAAAAGGAUCCACUGACUUCUGUGAGGACCUAGGACUCCUAUUAUUAAUAUUAAGCUUUGUACGUAGUUGUAGUUUGCUUUUUAAAAUGCAAUCAUUUUAAAGGUAAAGUUGCUAACUUCCCUAAAUGGAAUGGAAAAUGCAGUCUACAAAUACAGUCAUACCUUAUGUUACGGAUGCUUCAGGUUACGUGUUUUCAGGUUGCGGACUGCGGGAAACCUGGAAGUACCAGAACGGGUUACUUCUGGGUUUUGCCGCAUAUGCAGAAGCGCCAAAAUGCGCCGGCACAGACGUGGCGCUUCAGGAUGCAAACAUUGUGUACAUACCUCUGUCACGGAUUACGUCCGCAACCCGAGGUUCCACUGUACUUUGAUGAAUAAAGAAAAUAAACUAGAUUAUGUUGAAAUUAAAUUUCCUCUUACUAAAAUUUUGAUCGUUCUUUGCAACGAAAACGAUAUUAAAAAAUGAGUAAGUGUGCCCUCUGCUUCCAGACCUAAUAAAAUCUGCCUUUGUUGAUUAACGUAAAGUCUUAGUGGAUCUACCAAUUCAAUCUUGCAGCUCUGUUAAUUGCCUUUUUUCACCUUUUGGCAGGAAAUGGGAGGCUAUUUCAUUGUUAACGGCAUAGAAAAGGUGAUCAGAAUGGUGAUUAUGCCAAGGCGCAACUUUCCCCUUGCAAUGAUUAAACCAAAAUGGAAAUCCAGAGGUCCAGGCUACACACAAUAUGGUAAUGUUGUUCUUCGUAAAAUAACUUUAAAAUAACCCUGCAUUUAAAAUAAUAAAAAAAUUAAAUCACAUGAUGAACAGCAUGUGCUGUUGCUCUUGCUGUUCUCUGGAUUUAGCAAUUCAUCUACCUUUGAUUCUCCUUCCCCUGAUGCUGUUAAGUUGCUCUGCCCACUUCCACAAAUGCUGGAGUAAAGUAUGUAAGGAGUGCCAGAGAACAGUGGCAGAGCAUGUGGGGCCCCUAAAUCCAGUACCCAGCAUCUUGGGCAGCCAGACUGGAAAGAGGUCUGCCUGCAACCUUGGAGCAUGGUCUGACCCCUCCUUACCUGGGUCCCCCAUACUGUUUAGAGUGGAUCACAGCCACCUUUCCUGCACCUGACGCCAUAUGCCGCCAGGCACAGGGAAGUUCAGGUCGAGAAAGGUCAGAAAAGAAUUGAAGCCACAGCUGUAAGGGAAGAGUUGGGUGCGCUUCAAGCAGCCGUGCCUUGACAUUUCAUAGAAUUGUAGAGUUGGAAGGGACCCUGAGGGUCAUCCAGUCCAACCCUCUGCAAUUCAAAGCUUGAAGGACCAUAGCUGAAUAGGAGAGCUUCUUGUUUCACAUGCAUAAGGUCCCAGAUUCAGUCUCUGGCAUCUCCUGGUAGGCCUUGCUGUCUGAAUCCUGGAGAUCCACUGUCAGUCAGCAUAGACAAUACAGAGCCAGAUGGACCAAUGGUCUGGCUCAGUAUAAGGCAGAUUGCUAUGUCCCAUCAAUCACCUGCUGUCUCCUGGCCAAAUCAGACUCCCUGCUCUUGUCUUAGAGAGCCUUCCAACCAAAAUAAGCUAUGCUAGACUUCAUUUUCAUUUAUUAUAAUUCUAUGCUGCUUUUCACUCAACAUGAGUCACAAAGCGGCUUACAUAACAAUAAAUAAUAACAUAAAUUGCAACAUAAAUCAUAUAAAAUAAUUAACAAAUUGUCAGUAUUUACAGAUUUACAGUAUUCCAGAUCUUCAGGAAAACAACCACUAUUAACAAAGCAACUUUAAAAAAUAGGCCAAACAGCACGACCACAAGAAAAAUUGUAUUAUAAAAUCCACAAAGCAUUAACAGCACUCAUAAUCCACAAAACAGUAUUAACAACAUUAACAAGCUAACCACCAAAAGCACUAAGCACUGCUGAAUUCUACUAGGCUUGAUGGAAUUAGUAGUUUGACUGUAUAACGUUAGUACAGAGGUGCAAAUGAAUGUCUUGUUUGUGGUGAUUGCUAGGGUUGAAUAUUAGGUAAACUGCAUUAUUUCCUCUUUUGCUUAUAACAGUAAUCAUGCUGGUAUUUUUAGAUGACAAAAUGACACAGUAACUCUUAGAGGUUUAUUUGUUUAUUAAUUGGUAUAUAACUCUUAAGUAAAUGAUGCUACGAUUUGCUUCCUUUGGAUGGCGCUAGGUGUCUCAAUUCACUGCGUUAGAGAUGAACACACAGCAGUUAACAUGACCCUUCACUACCUUGAAAAUGGCACAGUGAUGCUGAACUUCAUUCAUCAAAAAGAGCUGUUCUUUCUCCCACUCGGAUUUGUACUGAAGGUACUGCAGCUGUGCUCUGUCCGUAAGAUCCCUGUUAUAUUUUACACACUACUUUCCCAAGAACCAUGAGAUGUACAAUUGCAAAUAAGCCGUUCAGAGUUAAUAGCCCACCUGCUUUCACACACUAGUGUAAGCCAUUUGUGGUAUGUCCAUAGCCUGAAAGGAGAGUGAAGACACUCUUCCAGUUUACAGAGUCAUUCUGUGCUUGCAUGCCUAGAGUCCAUUUCUACUCAAGGCAGGUUGAGGUAGGCAAGUGGCUAUUUACAAGCCUGUCACUAGUUUGAUUAAAUGUAACAGUCGAGCCAUGAUUUUCAUGAACGGGCUUUAAACUUGAAAACUCCUCCCUUCUUUCCUAAAUAUUUUGCUGUGAUGUCCAAACUGAGCAAAAUCUGAGCUUCCAAUUCCGGCUUGGAGGCAAACCUUUUGCCCUGUAUGAACAUGGAAAACAAUGGAUUGUUUAAACCAAAUAGAGAAUAUAGCUAUAGAUAUAUAUAGUAUGGUUCACCUCAUUCCUCCCUGUCCCCACAUUCCAGGGACAUGUUGGGAAAAUGGGAAAACAUAAGAAGAAAAAGGCUGCCUGCUCCUAGUAUACAUGGUAGCAGGCGAUAUACAGAAUUGCAGUCUUUGAAAAUCAUGAUGCUUUUAGUGAUACCUGCCUAGUAUGUUCUCCCCCCCACCUCCCAAACUAAUUUCUUCAAACCUUUUCUUUCUCUGCUGCAGGCAUUAGUUAGUUUCUCAGAUUUCCAGAUUUUUCAGGAGUUGAUUAAAGGAAAAGAAGAGGAUACUUUCUAUAAGAACUGUAUGUCUCAGAUGCUGCGGCUGGUAGCAGAGGAUGGCUGCAUGACGCAGAAACAAGUCCUCAUCUUCCUGGGGCAGCGCUUCAGAGUGAAAUUCAGCCUUCCUGACUGGCACAGCAGUGAACAAGUUGGAGAGUUCCUUCUUAAGUAUGUCUUUAGGCAGACGUAACUUAAGACACGGGUGGCGCUGUGGUCUAAACCACAGAGCCUAGGGCUUGCCAAUCAGAAGGGCGGCGGUUCGAAUGCCCACGACGGGAUGAGCUCCCGUUGCUCUGUCCCAGCUCCUGCCAACCUAGCAGUUCAAAAGCACGCCAAAGUGCAAGUAGAUAAAUAGGUACCGCUCCGGCGGGAAGGUAAAUGGCGUUUCCGUGCGCUGCUCUGGUUCGGCAGAAGCGGCUUAGUCAUGCUGGCCACAUGACCCGGAAGCUGUACGCCAGCUCCCUCGGCCAGUAAAGCGAGAUGAGCGCCGCAACCCCAGAGUCGUCCGUGACUGGACCUAACGGUCAGGGGUACCUUUACCUUUACCUUUACCUUAAGUUUUAUCUUCCUUUUGAAAUACAAAACCAGUCUUUGACUGGUUUCAAACCAGACCCUGGUGCAGGGGUCCCCAACCUGGAGGCAUGUUCAGAAAUAUUAAAGGUUGAAUCUAAGAAGACACUGCGUCAGUGGAAUGACUUCCGCAAGAGUAGUGGAACUGCCCCCCGCCCCUCUGCUGCCCCCGCCCUGCCUCCAGAUCUGUUCCUGAGGGUUGGGAAAAGCCCCAAAUUUGUAGGAUGAGAGGGAGGGGAAGUUCUGUUCCACUUGUGCAAUAGGAUGCAGCCUUGUGCAGUUAUUUGAAUCUAAUGUUCAGUGGGUGUGCGGUCUGCGUACACAAUAGUUGUACAACCCCAAAGAGCAUACACUCUUUCACACAAACACUUCUAUGUGUAUAGAAGCAGCUUGUACCUGCACUCAGUGUAACGUGCAAGCAAGCCUUGAAUGUUUCUUGGGGGUUGGAAGUCUUAGUUUCACAGAGAAAACCAAUGUGAAAUUUUAUUUUUUGUUACAAUUCAUUGCAUGAAUAAUAAUUACAAAAAAAAAAGCUAAUCUCUCUCCCACCCCAAUGGAAGACUAAUUUUCUUCCAGUGAAAUGGGCCCUUUACCAAACCUGAGGUAAGGUCACCACCACCAUGAAAUCCUAGGCUGCUAUUUAUUUGUAUGGUUGAAAGUACCAAAGGCAAGUUGCAAAGAUAGCAUUGGGCUAAAAUUACUGCCAUGUUUAAGUUUUGGAGUGAUGCUCAGCUAAAAAAGAAAUGGUUAUCCCAAAACUUUGUGUUGCUCCCACAGCCAAUGCAUCUGCAUACACCUGAAUAACAAAGCUGAGAAGUUCUACCUGCUUUGCUUCAUGACUCGAAAACUGUUUACUUUAGCCAAAGAAGGCUGCAUGGAGGAAAAUCCUGACAGUUUAAUGAAUCAAGAGGUGCUCACCUCGGGACAACUUUACCUCAUGUUUUUAAAGGUACUACCCUGAGAGUUAUUCUCCAUUCCCCUAUAGAUAGCCAGAAACAUGCUCUUUAAUAGUUGCCAGAAAUCUUGGAAAUCUUAGCAACAGCUUUCCAGAUUACAUCAAGCAUCUUGUGGUUCCCACAAACUUCAUUUAUUUUGUGUGUUUUAUGUCAUUUAUUUUGACCAAACUGUGGGAGGCAGUGGAAGACAGAAGUGCCUGGCGUGCUUUGGUCCAUGGGGUCACGAAGAGUCGUACACGACUAAACAACUAAACAACAACAAUGUCAUUUAUAGGCUGUCCCAUCACUGAAGUCCUCUGGGCAGCUUACGUGGUUUAAACCAACAACAUUACAAGCCAAUGUGGUGCCCUCAAGAUUAUGUGGAUUACAACUUGCAUCAGCGCCAGCCAGCCUGGCCAGUAGCCUGGGGUGAUGGAAGAUGUAGUCCACAACACCGGAACGGUGCCAUGUUGUCAACUCCUGGUAUAGCCCAUCACAUAAUUUCAAAGGCCUGGGGGAAAAUAAAAAGGUUUUUGCGUGGCAUCAGAAAGAGAUUAAAGUAAGUGCCAAGCAGGUUUCAUUGGGGAGGUCAUUCUAAUACUAAGGAGCCACUGCUGAAAAUAGUAGAAUAGGAAAUUGCUGUCCCUGGAUAAAAUAAUCCCAAGUAAAAACUGUUCUUAUUAUAUAUGGAGUUAUUUGUGCCAGGAAGUUUUGUGUUUGGUGGGAGAGCUGAGGUUCUGGUUUUUUGUGACGAAGCUGGAGAAGGAAAAUUAUUCUCCAGUUGCCCUGUCUCUCACUGAUUUCUCACAGCUAUGUAGUAUCCCUCUUACAGGUCAGAUUUGAGCUCUGAUGCAGGAAUGCGUAUUGCAUAGCUGAAAGCACUUCAGUGGAAAUGUCAGCAGUAUUCCAAUGAGCGAGGUUGAGCAGUAACAUGGAGCUAUGGUUUGGCACCACAUGAAUAAUUUUCUAAGGGCUCUCAAACCUGUGUGCAAUACAACUCCAGCUAAACCAUAGUUUUCCAUUUUUGUAACCUUGGCUUGUUCUUGCCCUGCAAACCGAGAUCCCCCCAGUUCUCCAUUGCAAGGACUUCAAGUGACCAGUCGUCUUUGCAGGUUCAGUUAAAAUGACAAACUUCUGCCGUGAGCCAAGGAGGGGGUUGCAGAACACAAGGUCAUUUGAAAGCAUGUUCACAUCGCAACAGAUUGUGGUUUGGUUGAUAACUGCCUCUCAACCUAGUCAGUGGGGCUAAAUUGCUGUCGGCUGCAGCUUUGAUUGAUUUCCCUGCUUAUUAAGCUGGGUAUCUCUACUCACCUCUGGUGGUUGUAUAUUUGGCCAGAGCAUUGAAAUCUGUACUGGUAGUUGAUUGUGUGUGACACAUUUUGCAAUGUUGAAGUUCCAAAGCAGAUGUACAUGAUAGGAUGUAUUAUGUUGUGAUGUAAUAGGUUGUGAUGAAUCGGGAGGCAAUUUGAGAGAGGCCUAGUUCCAACGGCAACUUUCCCCUCUGCUCUUGUGUUGGGACAGGAACGUUCCUUGCCACCCAUAUACUAGUUUGUCACGUGGCCAGUUUGUAUAGAAGUGCAUUGUGUUAGUUCUUGAAGUUUUUCUUGUUUGUUCCUCUUAUCCUAUAUCGUAGGAGAAGAUGGAAACUUGGUUGCAGUCUGUGAAAAUAGCCUUGGACAAGAAAGCUCAGAAGUCAGCUAUGACAAUUAACGCAGAAAACAUGAUGAAGAUUCUUGGCAUGGGGACAGAUAUUACAAGGAUGCUUGAGUAUCUCCUUGCUACUGGCAACCUGCGCUCUAAGACAGGUAAAAAUGUCAAAGACCUGCAGCACAAUUUUGCAGCUGUAGUCUGAAGCACAUGGAUGGCACCAGCUUGUGAAAGGCUGCUGUAGACAUUUUGGGUGUAUCACAAGCGAGGGGCUUGUUUGCAUGUGAGAAUUUGCAAAUGCACAACAAAGUGGAUGCAGUGAUUCUAGGAUGCAGAGAUCAGGUUCCGUGGAGCCUUGCCUUUUCGGGUGGGGGUUUAACCCAACACUUUCUUUUCUUUACGUUUGUAAAACUGCUACAAGGCAUGUUGAAAACUCAGCACCCAAGGAACACAUUUCCAGAGGUUGGGGUUGUGCAACUUCCAUAGCUCUCCCAUCCACCCUCCCAUUAGCAGCCAAGGCAGAAUAGGUUAUACAGAGUAAGAGUCAUUAAUGCUGAUCAACGUACGUCAUGUAGACAGGGCAGGAAACUGUUUCUUCCUUGUCGCAUAACUUGGGAUUAUUUGGGUGCAGAAUUUUAACUUAGUAGAGCAUGUACACACUAAAUCCUAAUUGUAGGAUUAGAAUGCUCUCUCGUUCUAAAGAUGGAUCAUUUGCAUCCCAAACUACAUUCCCACCACCAAUUAACUCCCCUUUAGAUUGCAAUCCAGCCUGUAGGAUGCUGCAACCAAAAAUCAGGAAAGGUGAUGCACACCAUAUCAUUCCAGGGAUCACAGCAUAAGUAAGCAAAGGAGGGCGCAGAUUACAAGGGAACAUAUUGAGGAUGAUUGGCCAGUCUGUUGGUAAUCAUUAUGCCUUCCAUUCCUAGAGUGAUUCCUUGCUGCAGGCACAGGAGCUGUUACUUGGCCUACACCCCUCUUGAAUCCUGACUGCUUGUGUUUACCUUCCCUAUUUUAAAAAAAUCAGAAGUCCUAAUGGAUGCUUACUCUAUUUUCUGCGAUGUUCAGAUGUUGAUGUAGUUGAAUAUUUGAUGUAUUGUGCACCACACAACUCAGUGCAUGUGGUGGUGGUAUUAAAACUGCUACUGCUACCAAGCAACUGUUCUUGCAAAAUAAUUCUUGGAUCAAAGCUGAUUUUCCCUGCUUCCCAUUUCUCUCUCUCUACAAGGUCUGGGCAUGCUGCAAAACUCCGGUCUCUGUGUGGUAGCAGACAAGCUGAACUUCAUCCGCUACCUCUCCCAUUUCCGCUGUGUGCACAGAGGGGCUGAUUUUCUCAAGAUGAGAACCACCACAGUGCGCAAGCUGCUGCCGGAGUCCUGGGGUUUCCUUUGUCCCGUCCACACGCCCGAUGGAGAACCGUGCGGUCUGAUGAAUCACAUGACAGCUCCAUGUGAAAUAGUAACACAGCCAUCGUAUACAUUCUCCCUGCCGUCCUUGCUUUGCUCUUUGGGUAAGAAUGGAUCUAUUUGAUCUAUAAGAAAUGCUUUCAGGGGAAAAGCAAGUCUCAGAUUGGUAGGGUUGGCCGUUCACUGAGCUGUAAUUAAUAUGCCCACAGAGAUAAUUGCAAAGUUGUUGUUUAGUCGUGUCCAACUCUUCGUGACCCCAUGGACCAGAGCACGCCAGGCACUCCUGUCUUCCACUGCCUCCCGCAGUUUGGUCAAACUCCUGCUGGUAGCUUCGAGAACACUGUCCAACCAUCUCGUCCUCUGUCGUCCCCUUCUCCUUGUGCCCUCCAUCUUUCCCAACAUCAGGGUCUUUUCUAGGGAGUCUUCUCUUCUCAUGAGGAGGCCAAAGUAUUGGAGCCUCAGCUUCAGGAUCUGUCCUUCCAGUGAGCACUCAGGGCUGAUUUCCUUAAGAAUGGAUAGGUUUGAUCUUCUUGCAGUCCAUGGGACUCUCAAGAGUCUCCUCCAGCACCAUAAUUCAAAAGAUUGCAAGGUAGUGGGUUUCAAAUUGGGUUCUGGGGAAUCCUGGGAUUCCUUGGGAAACAUAUCUGGGUUUGUCAGCGAGAAGAUCAUUUAUGGCACACACACUUCCUUGAACAGCGCUUUUCUAGACCCCUAGACUUCCCUUGCAGGCUGCAGCCACAAGAGUGUCUGGAGUACACCCUCAAGUUGUGCUGGGCAGUGGUGAGGCCCAACAGGCCCAGCCAGUGCCCACUGAGUACUAAGCAUGUGCAGUAGCCCCAGAGCCAGCCCCAGAAGCCUCUGUAGUGCAUUGGAGGUCUUUUUGGCAGAAUGCAGAAGACCCUUAGCAGACAAGCGCAUGUGAAGAUAGUUGUCAAAAAAUUGAAAUCAUGGAAGCUGAGGGCUGCAGCUCAUUGGUAAGCUGCGUGCUUAGCAAGCAGGUGACCCAGUGCUCAGUCCCAGGCAUUUUCAGUUAAGAGGAUCAGACUGCAGGUGCUGGAAAGACUUCUGCAUCAGAUCUUGAAUAGCUGCUGCCAGGGAGACCAUACUAAGCUAGAUGUACCACAGUGGACUGAGUCAGUACAAGGCAAGAUCAUAACGUGAACCAUUGUGGUGUGGUGUAGUGGUUCAGAGCGGUGGACUCGUAAUCUGGUGAACUGGGUUCGUGUCUUUGCUCCUCCACAUGCAGCUGCUGGGUGACCUUGGGCUAGUCACACUUCUCUGAAGUCUCUCAGCCCCACUCAGCUCACAGAGUGUUUGUUGUGAAGGAGGAAGGGAAAGGAGAAUGUUAGCCGCUUUGAGACUCCUUAGGGUAGUGAUAAAGCGGGAUAUCAAAUCCAAACUCUUCUUCUUGCUGGCCACAGGGUAUGAUCAGGCCUGGCCUUUCCCCCCUUGAAAUACUAUACCUGAUUACUCAUUUUCAACAAUAAGCUCUUGGGCUGCAUUACUGGUAUAUAUUUCUGCAGCAUAGUUUUAGAAUGCAAAUAAAGACAGUCUCGCUUCCUGUGUUCUUGGCUGAACCAGGGACCUGAAGCCAUCACUUCCCUGCUUCAAAUAAAACACUUUUUAGUCAAUGCCCCUCCCUGUUUUCAAAAUGAGCCACAAAUCCUUCGUAGCAUGUCAGUUAACAAAACAAAACCUAGCGAAAUUACAGGUUUGUACGUUUCAAACCACCUAGAGAGGCUCGUCAGUUGCAACGAAGCUUUGCUGCAAAUUUUUUGUAGCCGCUAGUAAAAUGUUACACCUGUUCACCUUCUGAAGGCUGCUUGCAGUCGGUGGCAUUGAUGCAUCACAUGUUGCUGUGCAACUUUCUGUAGGUGUCACUCCAGUUGAUGCUGUGCCAAGCCAGCCCUACUCUGAAUGUUACCCAGUUUCACUAGACGGCUCCCCAGUAGGCUGGAUAGAGAAGGAUCAGGCUCCUGGUCUUGUGGAGACACUCAGGCACUUCAAGGUUAGUUUUGUUUGUGCUGCAAUGUCCACCUCUACUGUAUUUGAAAGUCUUCAGGCACUUGGACAUCUUGCAGCAUUUUGAUGAUCCAGCUGCCUGUAGCUAUGUUUAUCCUACAGAAUUAAAAGGGUGAAGAGAUAAAGAUGAAUUAUCAUUGUAUAAAUACCUGGCCCCACCCUUGCUGACGGAGGAGUUGCUCCAUUUGAAUAUUUUGUUUUUCACUUUGCCUCUGUGGAUCGGGAGAGACAUUUCUGCAUCGCUCUCUUGCUUUAGUUGAAGGAUGUAAAAUGGAUGCUUCUUUGAUUUAUGCCACUAGGCAAUGCAAGAAAAGAAGAUUCCCGUUUGGACAGAGGUGGUCCUUAUCCCAAUGACAGGAAAGCCCAGCCUUUACCCAGGACUCUUCAUUUUCACCACCCCUUGUAGGAUGAUGCGUCCCGUGCAAAAUUUGGCCCUGGGAAAAGAAGAGUUAAUUGGCACAAUGGAGCAGGUACAUGUUGAUUAUGCAGCAGUGAACUUGGGAAUCCUUUUAGUGUAUUUGAACAAUAGUAUGCAGGUGGCGCUGUGGGUUAAGCCACAGAGCCUAGGGCUUGCCGAUCAGAAGGUCGGCGGUUCGAAUCCCCGUGACGGGGUGAGCUCCCAUUGCUCGGUCCCUGCUCCUGCCAACCUAGCAGUUCAAAAGCACAUCAAAGUGCAAGUAGAUAAAUAGGUACCGCUAUGGCUGGAAGGUAAACGGUGUUUCCGUGUGCUGCUCUGGUUCGCCAGAAGCGGCUUAGUCGUGCUGGUCACAUGACCCGGAAGCUGUACGCCGGCUCCCUCGGCCAGUAAAGCGAGAUGAGCGUCGCAACCCCAGAGUCAGCCAUGACUGGACCUAACGGUCAGGGGUCCCUUUACCUUUACCUUUAUCCUAUCUGGGUGGUAGAAUCCCUUCUGCUGCUGUUACUGUGAGUAGAAUUGGAAGGGAAAUGGGAGGUCAUUGGAUUCAUAUCGGGGAAGGGCAGUAGCUCAGAGGUAAACAUGGCCUUUGCAUGCAGAAGGUCCCAGAUUCAAUCGUCUUCCUAUGUUUCUAUAGUCUUGCACUUUUCUGUGCAAUUUUGGAUUGUGCAGCUACUUAAAAAUAUUAACAAGUCGUCGAUACGAAGAGCCAUUUCUAACAAGUUAGUCCAGUGGGUAUUGCCUGUGCAUCUGUGACCAUUUACUGUGCAUCUUUCUCUUUCUAAUUCUGCAACCACAAUUGUUGGCGUCGUUGGUGUUGCUGAGCAUGUUUUAAUGCCACUAUUGUAUGUGACAAGUCACCUUAUCUCAUGAAAUGCUCUUUCCAGCAGGAACAGGUUUUAAGGAGAUGAGCUACCAUUACCACGACUGUUAAAAUCUGGUGCAGAUUGUGCCAAAAGGCGCUCUUUUGAUUUUGUGUGUGUUGGCUUAAUAAUACGGCAUUGAAGAAUUGUGGGCUUCCGUUGGUGUAGAAGUCUUUUCCAAGAGCUUUGCUUGUGUUUAAUGUGCUUGGUGACCACUCAUAGAAGUUGAAAAUAGAUCAGCUUGCUUGCUUGCUUGCUCUGUUCUGCCAAAGAGAGCUUCUGCAAAGGGUUUAAACUGGCUUUUCCUUACCCCAGGUCUUCAUGAACAUUGCUGUGUCUGAAGAUGAAAUUCAACCGGGACUGACCACACACCAGGAGCUCUUUCCCCAUAGCAUAUUAAGUGUGGUGGCAAGUUUCAUUCCCUUCUCGGAUCACAACCAGAGUCCAAGAAAUAUGUACCAGUGUCAGAUGGGCAAGUAAUCCUUAGUUGUUGUUUUUUACCCUGGCCUUGGACAGCUAGAGAUGCAUUUUCCGGACCCACACUUUUCUUCUGAUGUAAAUCAUGUUAACUGCUUUUUAAUCGUGUACAGUGGUACCUUGGUUUUCAAACGUUUCAGUUUUCGGAAGCCGGAUGUGCCACACGGCUUCCAUAUUGAGUUUUCCGGACGUGAAUGCUUCCAGAAAUGCAUGCUUCGGUUUUCCGGAUGUUUUGGAAGUCGAACGGUCUUCCGGAACGGAUUACGCUCGAAAACCGAGAUACCACUGUAUUAUAUUUUAUGGUGAAGUGCAGAUAAUAACUCCUAUAAAACAAAAUAACAAAAAUGUUCAUAGGAAACUCCUUCUCCAGGUAUGGAUUCUUAUGUAGCCAAUUGGCUCCCAUCCACACAUCAAACUAUCAGUUGAGGGAAUGCCAAAGUUUGCAAAAAACAACAACCAAAAACCAUAGUUUUUUCGGGGGGCGGAGAGUUGGGUGGGAGACCCAAACAGUGCAGUGAGAACAAUGUGGUCAUGGGGCACACAGCACUGAUAGUUAAUGAGGGGCAGCUAAAGAACCAGGUUGUGGGGGGAAUUAAACAGAUUAUACUGGAUGGGGCAGGUUUGCUGUGCAUGUUGGGGCUGAUGGGAAUUGUUGAAAGACAACAGAAAAAAGGGAGUGGGCUCUCCAGAACUAAAAACUUUUAAGUGGAACAGAAGAUGGAGACUUGAGGAUGCUGGAAACUUUAGAUUGCACAUAGAGCAGCCCCACAUAAGGAUUUGAAAGGGAAACAAAUGGAAGUGAAUGCCUUAAGUGCUGUAUUAUUUUUAUACUUAGGAAAUACAGGGAGACGCCUUACAGGAGGUCAGGCUAGUUCGUCAUCUAGCCCAGUAUUGUCUGCUCUGACUGGCAGUGGCUCUCCAGGGUCUCGGGCACAAGUAAUUCCCAUCUCCUGCCAGGGAACCGGCCUGUGACCUGCAUGCGAAACCUGCCUUCUUCCUUUGAGCUCUGGUCUUUCCCUGUGGAAGACAUGAAAGACUUUGAGUUUAUUUCAUCUGAUGCCUACUGUGUCUGUGUAUUUUGUCCUUCCAGGCAAGCAGACGAUGGGUUUCCCGCUUCUGACCUUCCCAUACCGCUCAGACGAUAAGCUCUACCGACUUCAGACUCCUCAAAGCCCACUGGUGCGGCCGGCUAUGUAUGACCAUUACGACAUGGACUCCUACCCGGUCGGUACAAAUGCAGUUGUUGCCGUGAUCUCCUAUACUGGCUACGACAUGGAAGAUGCAAUGGUGAGUCCUCGGUUUUAAAAAAGCAAAAAGGAAAUUUACGUUCAAAUUAACGCUGUUCUCCCUUCCUAAUCCCGUCACCUUAGGGUGAAAAUGAAGGGAAAUGUGGAGUCUGUAACCUGAAGCAUCUGUAACCCGAGGUACCACUGUACCAGGAGUUGAGGGAGGGGAGCCCAUCCUGACCCAUAAUUUGGAGGGAAGCUUCUCUGGCUAUUUUAACAAUUUGAAUCCACCUUUAGAUUUUAACCUUAGCUGGAUCUUAGAAUUGAAAGGGACUCAGGUAUAUGCAGCCUAAUCUCCCACCCCAAACUCAUAACAUCAUUAUUAUUAUUACUUAGCUUGAACUGAUUUCUAGUUUGCCUUUUAGAGUGUGUACCCCCCCAGGCUAAUUACAAACCAAUAGGGUGUUAAAAUUCAAACAUUAAAAUGACGGUUAAAAACAAAGAAUGACAUUGAAAUAGCAGUAGUAGAUCAAACAGUUCCUAAAUAAGAUCGCUAAGAGCAUCUGAAUUUGGGGAUAAAAGGAUCUUCAAGUUUCCUUAAAGGCCAGGUUUUUGUUUGACAUUGAUUUGUGUGGGGGCUUUAUUUCAUGUUAUUUUUAGAUCUUGAACAAGGCUUCAUGGGAGAGAGGCUUUGGACAUGGAAGUAUCUACAAAACGCAACGUAUUGACCUUGCGGAAAAAGUCAAGAAGGGAGAGGAUAAUCUGGUAUUUGGGAUUGGUCAGGAUAAGCUGGCAACUUUGCAGAAUCUGGACCCUGACGGCUUGCCCCACAUCGGAGCCAGACUUCAAUACGGGGACCCUUUCUAUAGUUACGUGAAUCUCAACACGGGGGAAAGCUUUGUGACCUACCACAAGUAAGUUCAAAAUGCUGCUAUUUAGCUAGUUUUCAACAAGACGAUGUGGAUUUUGUGUGUGUGUGUGUAAGUGUGUAAACUGCCUAUUGAAACACUAGUGAACCUGUGACUAGGUGUUGCUGGUCUACAAAUCCCAUCCCAUUGGCCCUGCUGACAAAUUCAUGGAGGAUAAGGCUACUAGCCACAAUGGCUGGGUUCUCCUUUCACUGUCAGAGACAGCGUGCUUCUGAGUAGCAGUUCCUGGGGUUCCCAAGUGGGGAGACUCCUGUCAUACUUAAGUCCUGCUUCCAGGCUUCCCCUGGGCAUCUUGUGGGCCAGUGUAAGAGCAGGUUGCUGUACUAGAUGGGCCAUUGGCCUGAUCCAGAGAGGUUUUAUUUUUUAUGUUCUUAGGCUGGCUGGGGUUGAUGUAAGUUGGAGCCAAGCAACAUCUAGAGGACCAUAGUUCCACACCCUGCUUUAUAGGUUCUCUGUUGCAACUCCCUGGGAACCUUCCCACUCCGAAAUACUGCUCAGGAAAAUGCUUUGGAUGGGGGCGGUUCUGUUGCAGUGCGUUUGGGCAGCUAUGCUCACAGGAUAGCCUUGGGUGGGUCACAGGGUCACUCAUACCCACAAAACCUGGCCAAACCCAUUCGUGGAAAUUAAUGGAUGAAAAAAAUGUAAUGCUCUUUACAAGAUUGUGAAGCCUUUUGCAAGCCUUCUCUGGCUUCCCUUUUAAGAUUGCAGCAAAAGGGCCACCUACCUGCCAAAUUUGGCCCAUGAGACGGGUCCUGAUAAGGUUCUCCACCCGUCCUUCCCCUCUUCUGAUUGCGAUGAUGGUUAUUAAUGGUUGCAGUUAGGCAGCAAUCCUUUUUGCUCUGGGUGUUAAGGUUUGGGUUGAGAGCAUUUGCUUCCUUGCUUUCUUUAUUUGCAGGCUCUUUCAUUUCAUAGAAUCAUAGAGUUGGAAGAGACCACAAGGGCCAUCGAGUCCAACCUCCUGCCAAGCAUUUGUUUCCAUCUUCAUUUUAUUCUGUAUUUGUAUUGGGUGAAUACUUCACACGUUGCCUUCCCCCAUCACCACCAAAUAAAUUGGAAUCAGCUUUCCUGCAGAAUCUGUUGGCGAUUCAAACCUUUCUUUCCUUUUUCUCCAGGAACAAGGAAAUCUGUAUUGUGGAUAACAUCAAAGUAUGCAGCAACGACACAGGGACAGGGAAGUUCAGGUGUGUGUGCAUCACCCUGAGGGUCCCCCGGAACCCAACGAUCGGGGACAAAUUUGCCAGCCGGCACGGACAGAAAGGCAUCUUGAGCAGACUGUGGCCGGCUGAGGACAUGCCCUUCACUGAAAGUGGAAUGGUGCCGGAUAUCCUCUUCAACCCUCACGGCUUCCCGUCCCGAAUGACCAUUGGCAUGUUAAUUGAGAGCAUGGCGGGCAAAUCCGCCGCUCUGCACGGGCUUUGUCACAACGCCACGCCCUUCACAUUUUCUGAGGAAAACUCUGCUCUGGAAUACUUUGGCAAGAUGCUGAAGGCCGCCGGCUACAACUUCUACGGGACGGAGCGAAUGUACAGCGGCGUCUCGGGAGUGGAGCUUGAAGCGGACAUCUUCAUCGGCGUGGUGUACUACCAGCGCCUCAGGCACAUGGUCUCCGACAAGUUCCAGGUGAGGACUACCGGGGCCAGAGAUAAAGUCACCAACCAGCCCAUCGGAGGGCGGAACGUUCAGGGCGGCAUCCGUUUUGGAGAGAUGGAACGAGACGCUCUGUUAGCUCACGGGGCCUCCUUCUUGUUGCACGACCGCCUUUUCCACUGCUCCGAUCGCUCGGUGACCCACGUGUGCAUCGAGUGUGGGAGCCUGCUUUCUCCCCUCUUGAAGCCUCCGCCUGACUGGUCCACCACACGCAUCAGGCAACACGUCUGCGCCACCUGCGGCCGGAGCGACACCAUUGAAACGAUUGCCGUCCCGUAUGUCUUCCGCGUCUUCGUAGCAGAAUUGGCUUCCAUUAAUGUAAAAGUGAAACUCAGUGUGAGUUAG